CGCCGCCUGCGCCUGCGCCUGCGCCGUCCCUGCCCUGUUGGUUGGUUGGCCUUGCCUUGCCUGCCUGCUGCAUCUCUGCGCUUGCUCACUCACUCACGACUCGACUCUGCUCAGCUCACUCGCACCUUCCUUCUUCCCCCAUCACCACACCACCUCCAGGCAGAAUGGCCCCCAACACCACCGCGAUCGCCGCCACCUCGCUUCUCUCUUUGUAGGCUGUCGUUGCAGCCUCCGACGUGCGACGUGCCGACUUCGAUGCGUGGCGAGGUCCACCGCUGCUUGCGACUUGCCGCCUAUUCUUUGUAGUCAUACUGCCCACUCGCCACAAGAGUCAUUCCUCUUGCUCUCUACUCUACCCUUCACACUCAUAAUACGUGGUCUCCGCCGCCACCGCCCUUGUACCACCGACCACCUCUCCCCUCCGACACCUCCAACCCUCCUCCGGCCAGCAAGGACGGACCGCCGACGCCGCAUACCACUGCGACGCUAUCCUGAGCCUGCCUCCACAACACAACCGAAGACAUCGACUCCCUCCUAGCCACCCCACUCAUCUCCCCGACUUUGGUGGCCGACUAAGCACAACGCUUCAACCCAGCCUCGACGGCACCGGAGCGAAGCUGGCUUAGCCGCCGCGAAUCCCAUCACUCAUACUGAACCACACGAGAGACGAAAUGAUUUAUUACCUGAUUACCGAGAAGCGUCCAGUCACCAGCUCAGUCACGUCCAAGUUUAUCAUCGAUUCCACUGUCCAGGGCUCAAAGUGCUAGGCACCACCGCCACCACGACACUCGCGCACUGUAUCUUUUAUCAUACAUUGCGCUUCACACCCAUACUUACGAGGAACGAUUGAACCUACUGGACAACCUGAGCUGGUCGACUGGACCGCUGAUCUGAGAUCGAUUCCGUGCAGCGUACGCUAGGAAUCAGCUCACCACUUCGAUACGCCUGCAUCCAUUACAUGUCAGCGCGCGUCGACAACUAGCAUUGGGAGGCGUAACGGUUUCUUGAAAAUUACGGAUAGCAUAACAUUGGACACAUUUUCCUUAUUCGACCCAUAAUGAGCACGGAAGUCGACUUCAGUAGCUCGAAUGGGCAUGGACCUGAAGCGGGCCAUUAUGGACCAUACGAGCCGUCGAUAACAUCUUCGGCCUCAUCUCAGAGCUCUGUCUUCUCCGACGCUGUCUCUGCUUCCAGCUCUAUCGCUACCUCCAUAUCCGACGACUUCCGCAGUAGUCAGGAGGAGUCCGGAGAGCGGGACCGAGUGUGUGGUCAAACACAUUCACAAUUCCAGCACCACGAUCAUCCGCGGAACGAUGGUCAUCUCGCGCUGGCGGAUUUGAUCAAGUCUAACGACCAGUGCCCAUCGUACGCGGAUGUCACCUCGGUGCCUCCUACCCAUCAGCCAAAUCCACGGCGAUGUUCACCAUCCAGGAGCUCCAGGCCUCCACCACUUGUCAGGCAACGCGAUCGAAAGGUCAACUUUGUCGACAACCUCGUUGACUCUGCUACACAAAUGGUAGAAGUCAUCUGGCCCCUGUCUGUUGUCCCAUGCCGUGCUGAGGCCGGUGGACGUGGCGUCUUGCCACUGCGGACUUAUAUUGAAGAGACACUGAAGAGAUCUCGCACCAGCUAUUCGACUCUCCAGGUCGCGCUCUACUAUCUUGUCCUGAUACGCCCCCACGUACCAGAGACUGACUUUACCAUGGAGCAGACCGUGGACUGUCCAGCUGAGCGUGCGCUGAUGUGCGGUCGCCGCAUGUUCCUCGCUGCAUUGAUCCUUGCAUCGAAGUACUUGCAGGAUCGGAAUUAUUCCGCCAAAGCCUGGAGUAAGAUGUCUGGGCUCCGGGUCAGCGAGAUCAACGCAAACGAGCGAAACUUUCUCAGCAAGAUCGAUUGGAAACUCCACAUUCCAAAACCUGCUUUCGAGAAAUGGCAGGAGAUCGUGCUCAAGUAUUCGCCAAAUUCGCCCUCAUCGCCGGGCUGGGAUGCACUCUCUGGCAACUCGACAUGGAAGCGCAUCAUUCCUUCGCUUACAGCUGACCUUGACAAGCUGCCGACGCCGGACGAGAUCAUGGUCGCUGAACAUGAAAGAACUUCGUACUUUGACCUCACGUCACCGGCAACGCCCACCCCGGUGUCGUCAAAGGACGGACUGAGACUACCACGAAUUGCCUCCACGUCUCAAGACUCUACACCCACACCAGCGACUGUCCUGCCUCGAUUCCUGGAGCCGAGCCCCAAUGUGAUCCCACCCACACCAGCCUUGGCUCGCAUGGCACCUCUGCCUACUCCGGCUAUGACACCACAAUCAGCCGCUUCAAGCACUCCUGCAGCGAGCGCUUGCGGCUCUCGUCAGUCAUCCAUGGCUUCUGCAAUGGCACUCGCACAACAGAAGAGUAUCAACAGAUGUGUGAUGGAUGCACCAGAAUUCGAGUUCCGACACGCACAUCGGCCCACCAGACGACCAUCGAUCAUGAGCAUGGGCUCGAGCUCAUAUGGCUCCAGCCCCGAAUCUCUCAUGUCCGAUUACUCUCGGUCAUCACGCUCAUCUUCGGUCUCUUCGGUAUCAACAGUUUCGACAGCUUCGUCUUUGGCGCCACGGGCCUGCUUGGCUCGACAGGCGACAUGCCGAAAUGCUGGACUGUUGCCAUCAAAACCCAUCAGAGAUGAGCAAGCCGGGACCGUGAUGAAGCCCAUUGUCAUUGACGAUGAUGUGGAAAUGGUCUCGAGCCCGAUCAUGGCAGACUUCUCCGUCAGCGAGAAGGUCCUUCACGCGCCACACCGACACAGUCGUGGCGCGAAGAACUCUGCUCAGGUUGGAUCUGCUCCUGCAACGGACAAAUCCAAGAAGCGAGUGCGCUCCCAAGGCCACCGUCGCUCCGAGCUGCAAGAAGAAGUCCGCUACCUGCUCGAGGAAUCGAUGAACGAUGACGAGAUGGAUCUGGAUGACCGAGUGUCACUAGCACCAGCUUCGGAGCAUGUAAACAGCAUGCUAAGCCGCGGCCCUUCGGUCGUGUCUUUCCGAAACAUGCAACCUCCCGCAUCUCUGGGAGGUUGGGACUAUGGGAGAAUCCCAGUCCAGAAGAACGACGGCAAGAAGCGUACUUGCUGCUCCGUUCGCGCCAUGUCUAUAUCUCCUGUACCUUUGUAUGGCGAGGUUGCAUAAGUAGUUGCAGCAUCCUCGUUGAGCUCACCGCUUGUAGUAGUAGGAGCUGGAGAGCCGCAUUUCUGUGGUCACGAACAGGACACGAGAGGCGUUUCUAUGGGGAGGGAGAUGUGUGCGUGUGUGUAGUUGACGAUGUGAAGAUAAUCCAC